AUGACAACCCCAACCAAGACCGUCGCCUUCUUCGGCGCAAGCACAGGCAUCGGCCUCGCAGCUCUCAAACUCACACUUGCCGCAGGCCACACUUGCAUUGCGCUAUGUCGCGUCCCCUCUAAACUCGAGGCUCUCCACAAAGAAUAUCCCGCGCUUCGUGUCGUGGAGGGCAACGCGCAUGACUCCAAGGCCGUCAGCGACUGUCUCAUCAAAUCCGACGGCACACUGGUCGACGAGAUCCUCUUCUCGAUCGGCGGCAAACCUGUUCCGUGGAGCUUAACCAUCGACGACCCAAAGGUCUGCGAAGUCGGCAUAACCGUGCUUCUUGAAUCCAUCACGCAACUUCGGAACCAAGGCAAGAGUGGAAAACCUCUCAUAAUCGCUGUCUCGACGACUGGAACAUCGAGUUUCGGUCGUGACUAUCCCCUGGUCAUGUACCCAAUCUACAAUUUCGCAAUCGCAGUUGCGCGCGACGAUAAAAUCGUCAUGACAGAUAAGCUAGCUUCCAGUGGUGAAGACUUUUGUGUCGUGCGAGCUAGUUUGCUGGUUGAUGGCGAGAGCGAUACAGCUGUGAGAGUUGGUAUUGAGGAUCCUGAGAAAGGGAGGGAGAAGAAAGAGAUUGGGUACACGAUUUCCAGGGAGGAUGCUGGCAAGUGGAUUGCUGAGAACCUCAUUUUGGGGAGGAAGGGGGAGUAUGUCAAUAAGAUUGUGUCAAUCACUUGGUGA